AAGGGGAGCAAUCCCGGCGGGCCCCGCGCGCGGCCGCGUUUGAAUGGCCCUGAGUGGGGCUCGGCCCGGGAGCCCGGGGACGCUCUAGGCUUCCGGGCGCAGAGGGUGAGCGCCGGGGCUCGACGGAGGCGCCGCGGGACGAUGAGGCGCCGGUAUUUAAGAGAUUAUGGCAUCUGAAACCCACAAUGUUAAAAAACGGAACUUUUCUAAUAAUAUUGAGGAUCAUUCCAUUGAUCGUCCUAGAAAAAGGAUCUCUAAUUUCACUAAUAAGAACAUGAAGGAGGUUAAGAAAUCUCCAAAACAGUUGGCUGCUUACAUAAAUAGAACAGUUGGACACGCUGUUAAAAGUCCAGAUAAACUACGUAAGGUGACGUAUCACAGAAAGAAAGUUCAUUAUCCUUUUCCAAAUUCUUGUUUUAAAAAGAAACAGUCCCCUAGAACUGGGGGCUGUGACAUGGCAAAUAAAGAAAAUGAACUGGCUUGUGCAGGCCACCUGCCUGAAAAAUUACACCAUGAUAGUCGAACAUAUUUGCUUAACUCCAGUGAUUCUGGAUCUUCACAGACAGAAAGUGCAUCAUCAAAAUACAGUGGUUUUUUUUCUGAGGUAUCUCAGGAUCAUGAAACAAUGGCACAAGUUUUGUUCAGCAGGAAUUUGAGAUUGAAUGUAGCUUUAACCUUCUGGAAAAAGAGAAGUAUAAGUGAAUUUGUAGCUUAUUUGGUGAGGAUAGAAGACCUUGGAGUGGUGGUGGAUUGUCUUCCUGUGCUUACCAAUAGUUUACAGGAAGAAAAACAAUACAUCUCACUUGGCUGCUGUGUAGACUUGUUGCCUCUUGUGAAGUCACUACUUAAAAGCAAAUUUGAAGAAUAUAUAAUAGUUGGUUUAAACUGGCUUCAAGCAGUCAUAAAAAGAUGGUGGUCAGAACUAUCAUCCAAAACAGAAAUUAUAAAUGAUGGAAAUAUUCAUAUUUUAAAACAACAAUUAAGCAGAUUGUGGGAACAAGAAAACCAUCUUACUUUGGUUCCAGGAUAUACUGGUAAUAUAGCUAAGGAUGUAGAUGCUUAUUUAUUACAGUUGCAUUGAAAGACUUCAUCUACUAAAGAACAUUUGGUUAUUCAAAACAUCCCUGGACUAUAUGAUUUCCAAACAAGUCUCAUUGGAGAACUGUGAACUGUGGAAGAAAUCAAAACCUUUUCCUUUUAAAGCCACGUAUGAAACCAAUAACAAAACCCUAACAAUCUACUUCACAUUGAAGUGGAAAAAUAUCCGAAAGGAAGCAGCUUCAACUUUAAUAAGGUGAAAGUGCACUAUGAAGAUUGUUCACCUUCGCUGCAUUUGGGAUUUAUAUGGUUUCUUGGCAAGAACUACUGGAUCUUAAUGCAAUCCUUCAUAAGAAUAUACUUUAUACUAUGUGAAAAAAUAAGACAAAACUUACAACUAGGAAAAGCAAAAACCAAUCAUCAUUACUUUUUUUUAAGAUUGUGUUUUAUAAGAAAACACUCAAAUAUGUGCAGCUAUUUUCUUAUUUUGAAAGACUGAAAGUUUUAAACAUCAUAGCAAAUAAUCAAUACUAAAAGUUUUUUGUCCACACUGAGAUACUGUGUAAACAAAAUGCCUUAAUUAUUAAUAAGCCAAUGUAUAUGAUACCAAGAUCUGUCUAAAAAAAAAAAAAAGAAAAGUAAAACCAACCAUGCUUCUGGCAUGAAAGUUAUGGAAUUAAAUCAGGGGUUUCCAUUUGUGUGGAAUGUUGUUAAAACUUAUUCCACACCAUCUUUAAAACUUGAGAAUAUUUUUAAUGUCUCUGAAUUUUUUUUGCCAGAAUUGUCAUGUCAUGUAUGUAUGUGUUAUUACUAUAUAAAAGAAAGUGGUGACUAUGUAUUUGUAUGUGUGCUUAGCUGGAAAUGUUCAUAGAGUUGGCUAAUUUAUAUUCACUUUCUAUUGUAUAUAGAUUUCUAAUAUUUUCAGUUCUGUAUCAUUUAAGCUUCAUUUGAGUAAAUUUACUAAAUACUUCCAUUUUUUGCUUUUUAAAAAUCUUAUUUUGUAUGAAUUCUAAUUGUUUUUCACUACAUUAUGAUUUAAAGAAUUACAUACUGCUUUAGCAAUGUUUACAGUUAGUGCUGACCUUAUAUUUUUAAUUCCAAUACUUUAUAUUACUACCUCCUCCAAUGGUUGGUAUGAAAUGCCAGCAGACUGUAUGAGGUCUUUUUUUUUUUCCUUAAUACCAUUUUUUGGUGUCAAUGACUCCACUUGUGGAAUGUCUUCACAGCUGUAUAUUUUAGCCUGUCUUUGAGAGUGAUUGGGCUUUAAAUACCACUGUUGUUUCCUACAUCAUCUCAUCUUUAAUGAGCUGGAGAUGCAUCUGAGCAAAGAUUCUUAGUAUCGAAUUUCUGUGCAGUAAUCCUUCAAGCACUUGAAUGUAAGUCUUUAGCAUUUACCCAAUUAGUGACUACUGAUGUGAAUCCUAAACAGACAUCUUUUAUUGGUUUAAAAAUAUUAAAAAAUGUUCUCUUUUA